AUGGCUGCCAUGGAUGAUAUUUAUGCCUUUGGUGUUGGGAGUAUGGUCAACAUGCAAAACAUGAAUGCUCUGGCAUCAGAUAAACCUAAAGAGAGGCAUUUCUUCAAACUGAAGGACUUUCCAGAUCUGCAAGAAGCCUUUGAUAAAAUGAUUGAUGAGAGUGAAACUUUGUCUAUGUGUGGCUUGGGGAAAGAGCAUAAAACAGCAGACGGUCAAAUGAAAAAUCCCUGGAACACCAAAAUCACCAUCAGGCGUGUUGGUGGAACAGGAUUUGAGCACUGCAAAGGAACCCUGGUUUCCGAGUACUAUAUCUUGACAGCGGCUCACUGCUUCAGUAUUGAUGAUACAGCUGAGCAGAUCACAGUCUCAAUUGGCAAAGACAACUUUUCUGUGGCUGCAAUCGAAAUCCACCCUGAAUACACCAUCGGAAAACUACGAGAUCAUGGAAUCCCUGAAUUCUAUGAUUAUGAUGUCGCCCUGAUAAAACUUGGUAGAAAAGUUAAGUUCAGCAUCUUUGCAAGGCCAAUUUGCUUACCAUGUACACAAGGAACAUCUCGAGCUCUGAGGAAGCCCCUUGCGGAGACCACGUGUAAGGAUCACGAGAAUGCAUUGCUGCCUGUGCGAAACGUUCUUUCUUUUUUUGUAACUGACUGUAAGUACAGAGAUCAAGACACCUAUGGGCUACUUUGCAGAACUGUGCAAAUCAAGAAUAGUGAAAAGGUAAGAGUUACUUUUGAGCAAGGAACCCUAACAAGAUUAGGUGAAGUGAGGCUCCCUUAAGUCAAACCCAACUCC